CUACUCUUGGCGCUGUUUGAUAUUUUAUACUGUUGUACAGUUUGUUUGGUACGAGCGUUUCUUAUCAAUAAUGAAACCUGUAUUUACUCUAAAAGUUAAUUUUGCGACAUAGAUGAAACUUGCUGGCAGUGUGCGCCGACUGAAGCAGCCUAACCUCGGAGUUGGAGAGGAGCCGUUGUCUUUCGGCCCCGUCUCGACCCUCGACUACAUGACAGAUGAUCUUCACCUGAGCUGAAGUUAAGCCACAUUUGGCUCUUGCCGUUCUCCAUUCAAAGACAUGGAAGCAAGUUUUUUAAAUUUGGAAGAUGAGGCCUUUCCCAGUUUCCUCUGCAAGUCUUUGGACAGCACCACCGGCCGUGCCACACUGGGGAAUGUGACAUUGGGUUCAGGCCCAGGGCUGCCAGUAGCUGCCUCUACAGAGGCUAAAAUUAGAGCUGGGGCUGACAACAGAGGAGAUGCCAUUGAGGCGUCAUACCUAGAGGGCAAACAGCUUCAGUUGGCCAACUUGGAGUCAUCUGUUGGAGAACAGGAAAAGUUUGCCCUCAGUUUCAAAGAUGAUUUGGACAAUGCCGAUGACUUUAUUGCAGCCCAUCGUUUCUCAGGCAUGCUGGUGAAGAUCCCUGUGGAUGAGAGUGCAUCCAGGACCCAGGACUCCAUGCAGGGCCUUCCACCCACACAGACAGGCUCAUCCCAUGGCCGACCCACAGAACUUGGAACUGAUUUGUCAACAGGGCUGCUGACAUUUGCCCAGUUUGGACACAAAGAUAUUACAGAUGCAAAGUCCACCCAGGCUCAGUCCCUCCCAGCCACAGCGGAGGAGUACAGCCCAGAGAGCGAGGGGGCAGACAGCGACCGUUUCAGUGGAAGUAACUCAAGCUUCCUGGCCAAUGAGAAGCUCAUGUCCGUCGACAGCAUUAACAGUGACAUCUCAGAUGAUGACAUUGAUUUGAACAAAUUGCCUGAUGAUGAGCUGGAGCUGUACUUCAAUAAGCUGGUUCCUCCUGCCAUGCAGAGAGGCAGAGUGGAGGGACAGGAGAUUCCCGCAGCAGAACUGAUGGGGGCUGCUGACAGCAUAUCAAACCCAAGUUCUACAGAGCCAGAACAGUGCAGGCACCAGUUCCUCGAUGACCACGAUCAGGAUGACUUCCAGAUGCCGAAUGUGCGGCUGGCUGCUACAGGUAUGGACUCCUGUCCUGCUAGUGAUGAGGAGGACACAGAGGACGAGCUGGAGGCUGCCAGGAGUAACAACAACGACAUCAGAACCAGACUGCUGCUGCCCAGCACCUCCAGACAACUGGUCGGAGAGAGUCAUCGGCCCAGUUUUAGGCCAGGUUUGGAGGGAGGCAGUUCUGAUGAUGAGCCUUUCACUGGCCGUAGUGGUCCACCUCUGUCUGGGAUUGAACACAGACGAUCUGCUGAGGGACAAGUCAUCAACCCUCCUGUCACCGGGGAUGGAGGAGGUGGGGACGGGAGCAGUGGGAGUGAGGAGAGCGGAAAUGACGGAGGGGUGUCAACCAUCCCUCUUCUCCCUACGGCUGUCCCGACAACCUACGAUGUGCUGCGAGGGCUGGGGAUUGUGGGUAGCAGUGGGGCUGGAGAAGACGAGGACAGCGUUUUGAACAAUUUGCCUGGACUUCGGAGGAACAGCCUCUCCAGACACACUGAGAUGGGUGACCGUGUUGGUCCUGUAGGAACAGGAGAGGCCAGCCUCUCUCCGGGAGCCUCAGGGGGAACUCAGAGACUUUCUCCGGUCAACUGGAGCAUGGCCCUGGACCGACAGGAGGCACUGGAUGCCAUGGACAGCACAGAGUUGGGUCCCACUGCUGAUGGAGUGCUGGACUCUAUGUACCUGAGGAGCAGUGCAGGACACAGGAGACUUCACGACUUGUCCAACACAACUGUCACGCACUUUCAGGGCACCCAGGGGAGUUUCCAUCUGUCCCAGAUGCUACAGCCAGAAUUUGAUGAAAAGGAUGAUGAUGAUGAUGAUGAUGAUGAUGACAAUGGUGUGGAUGAAGCUGAUGGUGCCAGGCUGUCUUUGGGCCUAAGGGGAGGGCCUUGCGGUGAUGCUACAGUGGCUGAAGCCUCAGAUAAUACCAGUGAGGAUGACAACAACCCCCUCUCCACCUCCCUGGAGCCCAAGUAUUUCUCCCAGAGCUUCCACCAGGAACAAGACGACUCAGACGAUGGGUGGAACCACUGCCCAGACAGUCUGGAGAUUGAGUUUCAACAAGGUGCCAAUAUCAAUCCUAGUGUGGUGUAUCAGAAUGAAGAGGGGCAGUGGGUGACAGACCUUGCCUACUACUCUUCCUUUGAAAAAGAGGUGGAUGGGAACACACCAGAGCAAUUUGGCCAGUGUCACACAGAGGACUUUGUUCCUGCGUGUAAUGCCAUUGACAAGAUCGUUAAGGAUCAAGAGGAGUUUGAGAAAGAGCACCAAUUUAUGCAGGAGGAACAGAUUGAAGCUGCCACUGUCAGUCCCCUUCUUGCUGACUCUUCAUGGAAGCUGCCCAGCAGCAGCCACAUCCUGAUGAGGGCUUCCCAAGUCUCCUCCGAGUUUGAGCAGGGGAAUCAGAGCUACCUGCGCCUCUCUUUAGGGGCAUUCUUUGGGCAACGAUCUGAAGCUCUUGGUUGUCUAGGCAGUGGUGAUGCAGAUGGAGUAAAACGGCCGUCCUUUGGAUACAUCAUUACUUCUCCAGAGAAGAGGGAGCCAUUUCCUCUGAUUCGCCCGUCAGACUUCUCAUCUAGAAACAACAGUGUUCACAAUGAGACUUUUGAACUCAGUGAAACAGACAAAACACUCAACCCAGAGGACCUGGACAAAACCCUAGAAGCACCAGGUGAAAGGAUGCCCCCUAAAGGUGAUACUGAUACAGAUCCUUGUGAAAAAGAGGAUCGCUCCGUCCCUGUUGCCCUGCCUGACCACACUCAGGGCUCUGACUCCAUACUUUGCACAGCCAACCAGAGCAGCAUCUCCCCUCUCAACAGCAGCAGUCCUCUAAUGCUGAGUAUCAGCACCAUCGCCUCAGCCAUUGCCGAUGCCUCUAUCAGCUCUGAUCCGUCCCAGCUGGCUGCCAUGAUGCUAGAGCUGUCCAAGAGGAGUAAAGCCAGGAGUCGGCCUGGACAUGCCAUGCCAGCUUCCAGCACCGCUGAGAAAACGGCCCCAGUUGAACAUACCCACACUGAGGUGGACCAGAGUGCCCUCCUUGAUGCACAGCAGAGGAGCACCUGUGUUGGAGAGCUGAGCGCCUUUGAUAUGGAGAAGUACCUGAGAAAGGCUGAUGCAUCCAACGUGAGCAGUGAUAUUUCUAUAGCACACACCACCUUUGACCUGACUGGUUUGGCUGACAACCUCAGCAACUCCCAAGGGAAUUCAGAGAACAGAUAUCCAGAUGAGAAAAAGGGGAACUGGGUGCAACCAGCAGAAGCUGAUAAACAGAAGCCUAUGAGUAAAAUGAGUGAAGAGAGAGACAGAGGACAAGAGACAACAGUGAACAUUAGCUUGUCAGCAACGCAAAAGACAGCUUCUCGUCAAAAGUCAUUGUCCGUGUGUAAUAAGGGUGAUUCAAGAAGAAGCUCCAUUCCCCGUCCUAAAGCAAAUGGCAUCCUAACAACAUCAUCCAGCUCUGCAAGAAGGUCUGUGGGCUCAGGACAGUCUUCCACAGUUAAACUCCCUCCAAACAGUAAAGCUGCUGCCACAACAAAAGCUGCAGCAGAUGAUAACAAGGCUCCUCCUGCUACCAAGACUUGUGGUUCUUCAGGCAGGACCUCAACAGAAAAUGGAGUCAAGCUAGGAAAAGUGCACCCACAAGUAUCCAGUAACACUCUAACUUCACAAAAGAGUGAUAAUAAGCUUGCUACCUCACCUGGCGUGCCAAGAACCUCCUCAGGUGUGAGGAAAGGACGAUCUGGUUUGCCUUGUCUCAAAAGUUCCUCUCCCCCCACCCAAAGGAUAAAGAGUACAAGCCAGCAGCAACUUGACACAUCCAGCAGUCCUCCUGAGAAGAAAUCCCCACCCAGGAGUCCCGGUGCUGCUCCACCACCCUACAGCUCUGUGGAGAAACAUGUUGGCUUGUCCUGCCAAAGCACCCAACCUCCUAAACAUUGUACAUUUGAAGUGUUUAAAGGUUGCUCUGAGCCCCCUGUGCUUGGUGUGGAGGAGACACAGUGUAACUUCAGACCAUCCACCUCUCCUCUCAUCCACUCCUCUCCAAGUCAGACCUCCUUCCCCAGUGCUGAUAGUAUGGUGUCGUCUCCAUCCUCCGGUGGAGGUUUGACAGGCAGACGUCCAGGCUGUGACCUCUCUCCCCAGUCCACCUGUUCCAGCCCCAGUCUCAGCAGACUCACAUACAUCUCAGUAAAUGACAGCACUGUCAUUCCCACGCCUGAAAGGCCAAAGAAUAACUGCACCAUGUCACUGAGCACCACCAUCAUCAGAGCCAGUCCAGUCCCACCUGCUGAGCCAGAUGAGCAGUCUAACCUUAACAUUCAUGGUCCUUCCAAAAGCCUUGACCAGCUGCAAACCCACCAGUCUAAAAGUCUAGACCCACUACCACCACACCAGUGUAAAAGCCCAGAGCCCUCACGUAGUGGUUCUGCUCUUAGCUGCACCCGCAGCCAGAGUGAAUGUAACUACCACUGUUGUGGCAAUGGAACCUGUGACCUUCCAGCAGGUGGCGGACACCACAAGCACCACUUGGAGUCUGGUGUACGGCAGCUUGCUAAAGUGGACUCAGGCUACUCCAGCAAUCUGAAUAUCCAGCAACCUGCUAGCACCCUAGGUCUUCAGAGCUCACAGCAGUGGGGAGCUGCUGGCUCAGUCUCAACCCAGGCCUGCCCUGCAGGACGCCUCUGCCUGCCUCCCUCCUACUCCUCAGAGGACCUGCGUUAUGUACCCAUGUCGAGCUUUAAGCCCCAGGGUGCUGGUUUGGUUGACCUGCCCCCCCACGGGGGAGUGUCGUCCCUCCUUAGUGGACACUCACUUUUUAGCUCCCAGCUGCCCCAGCAGUACUUAGGAUCUGAUGCUCCAUUACAUCCUGGAGCUUAUCACAUUGGACCAGCUGGAAACAAUCUCUACAGUGUGCCCUCUUCAGGCCUUUCAAACAGUGAACAACCAGCAAGACACCUUCAUCUCACAUCAGGUCCUCUGGGGGUUUCUGGGUCUGCUGGGUACCAGCACCUCCCAGGACACCAUCAGAACCAAAUGGACAUGGGCGCGAUGGGCAUGGGAAAGCCUUACAGUCAGCAUGGUGUAGAGCCAUGGGUGGCUGGCAGUCUUCAGGAGCUUAGAGGUCAAGUGGUGGUACCAGAGGAGCUGCAGUUCCCUCAUGCCUGCUGCGUGGGCAUUGCCUCUCAGACCACCCUCAGCCUGUUCAACCCCUCUGAGAGAUGGCAGCAAGUCUUGAUCAGUGUCAGCAGCCUGGCCAUAGAUGGAGAAAAGGUGGACAGCUUGCCUUACCAGUGGCUUAUUGUGAAGAACAAGACGGUCAUUGGCCCUAAGACGACAGAAGAGCAGAAGGUGUUGUUCAUUCCUCCCAGGGCCGGUGUCUACCGAUGCGUCCUGAAUGUCUCCUCCUGGCCUGCGUCCGCUGAGUCAGAGGUGGCUGCCAGAGCUGAAGUCUUUGCCAAAAGAGUGGUGCUUGUUGCCAUAGCUGAAAAUCCUGCCUUAGAGGUUGAAGUUGGCAAAACUGACUGCUUGGAUUUUGGAGACCUGACAGCAGGUAGUGCCAAAUCCCUUCCUCUCAAACUCCUUAACAGGACUCGUGCCACACUACCUAUCCGCCUGGUCAUCAGUGCGAAUGUGACGGCCUGGCGAUGCUUCACUUUCUCCAAGCACCCCAUUGCCAUGACAUCUGAGGCGUCACUGCAGGUGGGUCACAUGACCCAGGUGUCUUCUCCGUCGGUGAUGAACCACGUGAUGCAUGCCAGCUAUGGAGAGAACCCAGAGAGUUUCAUGGUUUGGGUACUCUUCAGGGCCCCUCACAAGUACAGUUCCUCUUCAGGAGAACUUGGUCCAGCUGAUGAGUAUAGUGCUCGGGUGGACAUUGAAGUGGACUGUCCUGGUCCGAGUCAUGUGAUCAGGAGUAUUCCCCUCAGGGCCAGGUCUGGAAUCGCAAGAGUCCACGCUCCUAAAGACCUGCAGACUGUCAGCCUCUCUGCUCCACUGGGUAAAUCUAGUCAACAGACGCUGCCAUUAAAGAAUGCAGGCAACAUUGAUGUGCAGCUGAAGCUCAAGAGCAGUGAUGCUGAGGACUGUUUCUCGGUGAAGCCUGAUGAACUGUCUCUGAGAGCAGGAGAAGAGCAAGGCAUUGUUGUCUCCUUCACUGCACAGGGCAGUAAGAAAUUAAUAGAAAGCCUGCUCACCAUCUUGGUGCUGCCAUCAGGCCCUCAGUAUGAGGUGACCCUGAAAGGAGUGGUGAGCCCAGAGGACGGUGGAAAACCUGCCACUGCCUCUGCCGCGAAGUUGGGCCCCGGCAUGGUCAACAACAUUCCCCCAAUACUGUCGAACAAACAGUUUGUUGCCUGGGGAGGGGUCACUCUGGGAAGAGCUGUCCAACAGAAGCUGGUUCUGAGAAACAACUCACCCAACACCACACAGCAGCUACGUCUUCUGAUCCGUGGACAAGACCAGGACUGCUUCCAGCUCCAGAGUAUGUUUAGUGUAGAGGAGCGUCUGACCCGGCAUGGGGAGCUUUCCAUUCGUCCCAGAGAGGAUGUGGCCGUCCACCUGCUUUUUGCACCCACCAGAGUGGCUUGUAUGCUGGCCAAACUGGAGAUCAAACAGUCUGGAGUCCGGCCCUCACAGCCAGGGGUCAAAUUCACUAUACCUCUGUCGGGCUACGGUGGCACCAGUAACAUCAUCCUGGAGGACCAAAGGAAACAGGCAGAUGGCUAUGUUGCGACACUUACCAGCAUUGCUGUUGGUCGUGUCAGCAAGGUGUGUCUGUGUGUGAGGAACACCGGCUCUAGGGCAGCCUUCAUCAAAGCUGUUGCCUUCUCCGACAUGCAGACCCGAAAAAUUAUGGAGCCAUCCAUCGUCAGCCUCGCCCCAUCACAGUUCAUAUUGAAGGAAAGGACACAAGAGGUGAUCACGGUGCUGAUGAAGUCCACGCAGAGAGAGCAGACCCUGUGUCAGUCGGCCAACGCCCUGCUGGCUACUGUCUGUCUGUUCUGUGGAGACGAGGUCUCCAGGCAGCAGUACAGAAGGUUGCUGCAGAGCAAACCAGAGGCUGGGAGGAAGGUUUUGUCAGAGAACAGCUUGCUGAAGAACAUAGACUUCAACGAGAAGUUCCUGGGAGAAGAACAAGUAACUGAGACCUACGACCUGCCCCAGAGGCCCAACGAGGCUCACAUCUUCUAUGGGAACAUGAGUAAGGUAGUCGUGUCUCUGCUGGGCAGCACAAACAACUCUGACUCUGGAGAGAGUGACCACGCUGAGCUGCUGCAACCCUCUGCUCACCACGCUUCAGAGACAGACAGUGGUUUUACAAAUGGAAAUGUGUCCCUGGAUGUGCUGCCUGUGAAGGGUCCUCAGGGUCCGGCCCUGAGAGUGUCAGAGCCCUCCUUGAAGGUAGCUGCAGAGCCGUCAGCCAGGCAGCAGGAGUCUUGGACCAUCCAUCCAGAGCAACUUGUGCUCACUGCUCCCACCAUCAAUGGUGCAGCCACCACCAAGCAGGUUCAGAUCAGGAAUGACACAUCCAGAGAGCUGAGCUUUGAGUUGUCGUGGCCUGCCCACUGCCUCACCAUUACCCCUCAACACGGAGUCAUUGAGCCUCAAUGCCACCUGCAGAUUCUGAUCAGCCCAAACCCAUCACUCGCAAGCAAAUACGCCUUGCUGCCAUGGAGUGGACAAAUCUAUGUCCAGUGUGAUGGUCAGCACAAGUUCAUCAAGGUCCAGAUUCGUCAGGACCUGGCUCUGGAUGUGUCUGCAGCUCCAGCUGAUAGGAGUCUGGCGGCCCUGGCUCCUCAGGCUGCCACUCCCCUGCUGCCUGUGGUUAGACCCCACACAAAGCCCUCCCAGCCCCCUCUGACCCCACAGACACCUCAGGCCCUGGUGGAAAUCAGCAAUAAGACCAUCAUCUUCCCCACCACCACCUCUGGGGAAACCUCAGAGGCCCAGCUGGAAGUGGAGAAUGGAGAAGAGGAAGUGAGGUGGUACCUGUCAUCUUUUGCUCCUCCAUAUGUCAAGGGGGUUGACAACACAGGUGAUGUGUACCGGGCCACCUACACUGCCUUCAGAUGCUCCAGAGUCUCUGGCACUCUGGGAGCCAGGGAGAAGAUGCAGGUGCCUAUUACCUUCUUGCCCAGAGACCGAGGGGACUAUGCCCAGUUCUGGGAUUUGGAGUGCCACCCUGUAUCUGAGCCCCAGCAGAAGACCAGAAUUCGCUUCCAACUCUGUGGCAUGGGAGUGAAAUGCGGGCCAGUAGAAGCACCACAGGAAGGAGACUGCUCUCUGGUGAAGACAGAGGCCACAGUCAAGCCCAGGAAGAGAGCUGAAGUUGCAGCAGUCAAAACAGGCCAAGAGGAGGCUGUGCGAAAAGGUGUGUAUUCCCCCCAGGAUCUGUACACCUUCCCAGCCACACGGGUGGGUGAGUCCAGCACUCUGAAGGUCAGCGUACGCAACAACUCUGCCGACAUGCAUGAGCUGAAAUUUGUAAACCCUAGGGAUCCCUUCCACAUCAAGCAUUCCAAAUAUUCCUUAAGAUCACAGCACUAUCUGAAGCUACCCGUCCAGUUCAAGCCAACCACAGCAGGCACACACGCUGGCUUGCUGCUCAUCCAAUCAGAAACAAGUGGAAGUCUCGUUAUUCAGCUGACCGGUGAGGCCUUGCCUUGAAUUAUCCAUCCACCAUCCUACUACAGCUCUUCCUGCUGGCUGGCUGGCUUUGAGUGGUUACCCUCCCCUGCACUAUUCAUCGUAGGAUGGAUGAGUGACAGAGCAAAACAGAAAAUACUGCUAUGGGCCUCAUGAAGAAAGGAAGUCUGGACUUAAACCUUCCUCCUCGUCUUACUUAAGAGACAUUCAAACAGUGUAGACUAAAACGGAGUACCUGGGACUGACUGAGACUCUGUAGUGCCAGCCCAGCCCUGUUCUGUCCACAUCUCUCCAUCCAACCUGGCUAAGGCACAGGUGUCCUCAAUUGGCCCGUGAAAAAUGAUUUUGCCUGUUUGUGCCUGAAGCUGAAUGAUUUGGUCUGACGGGCUCACAAUUAGUCUGCACAGCUCUUGCAUUUCAGAAAGCUAAUGAUUUUUGUCACUUGACUCUGGAUCUGGCAUUUGCCUUAGCCCUGAGUCAUGUCACAAGGCAGCAUUGUUGUUGCCAUGGCCCCUGUGAGACAGCAGUCGUAGCACCAGUUGGACUACGUUGGGGAUUACUUUGAUUUAGUUUCACAGGAAUGCCUUUGUCUCUUGUUUGGUAAUAUGGCUGCAGGGAUUUUGGUUAUUUGGAAAAGCCACACUUACCUUUUUGCCUUGUUAUGUGAUAGAAUAUCUGGAAAUGGAUCUGGGCCUCUUCUGAUGCUUGAAUUUUUGCCCCAAACUAGAAUUGCUGUAAUGAACUAGUGAUCUUAACAAGACUACAAGAGACUUAAGCAAUGCAGUAGAUAUAAUUUUGCCCCCUCUGAGUCAGUUUUAUUUUCAUCUACAAAUCUUGGUCUGUCUCCAUUGUGCCACAGUUUCUUGUCCAUUUUCUGUGCUGGCAUUGUUACUAUGGCAAUGGCUACCUGGCACACAGUGCCUACCUGCAUGGCAGCCUUUGUCAGUGCCAUGUGUUGACUUGCUGGCAACCUCCAAGACUUGCACCAAGCAGUCCAGAUGCACUUAAUUGAGUCACGAUCAGGACAGCUCCCAGCAACAUUAGGAUGGUUAAUUAUUGUUAUUACAUGCUAAAAGAGUUUCCCCUGGUGGGGUUUUUGUUCGGCAGCUCGCCAGGCCAGCUUGGUGUGGUUACCAUGGCAAAAUGGCGUUAAUCACUGUUCCAGUCAGAGAGAAUUAGAUCUCCAUUUCCUCUUCUGGCUCCAGGGUGAAUGGCCAGAAUUGCUCUGGAGUAUUGGAUUCACAUCCAUUAUCGGGUGGGGAGCAGGAAGUGGAUAAGGAAAAUGUAAAUAAACAUUAUCAGGAAUGUGUAAUUAAGCCUAUAAAUGCGACACAUUCUGACAAUGUUUUGUGGAAUUUUAAAAACACUAGUGUGGAGCAUAUUUUCUAAUUUGCAUCGCAAGUAUGAAGGCCAUAUGUUAUCAUAGUUUGCUCUCAACACACCCUUAAAAUUCUUGACACAUCUUUUCUAGAAUUUGCACAUGGUUUAAAUUGUUUAUUCUGUAAUAUAUUGUCAGAUAUGCACAUUUUAAAUAAAGUUUUGUGAUAAAUAA